AUGGAUAUUGCGGGUAGGAUGGUUCAAUGGGCAAUAGAACUAUCCAAGUUCGACUUGAAGUACAAAACUCGGACGGCAAUAAAAGCCCAGUGCCUCACCGACUUUGUAGCAGAAUAUGCAGGAGACCAAGAGGAAGAAUCCACUACUUGGGAGUUAUAUGUAGAUGGAUCCUCAAACAAAAUAGGAAGCGGUGUAGGUAUAAUACUGGUCAACAAAGGGGGAGCACAAAUAGAAGUCUCUCUCAAGUUUGAAUUCUCAGCUUCUAAUAAUCAGGUAGAAUAUGAAGCCUUGAUUGCAGGUUUAAAACCGGCAGAAGAAGUCGGUGCAACAAAAGUAGUGAUAUUCAGCGACUCUCAGGUGGUGACUUCCAAAAUAAAUGGAGAGUAUCAGGCUAAACACCCCAACAUGAAGAGAUACUUAGAUAAAACAUUGGAGCAUCUUAGGCGCUUUGCAGAAAUCGAGUUCACUGACUCAACCUUCAAAAACCUAGUAGCCAGCAUGAAGAUCAAGCACCAGUUCACCUCGGUAGAACAUCCACAGGCAAAUGGACAAGCCGAGGCUGCUAACAAAGUCAUACUGGUAGGGUUGAAGAAAAGGUUACAAGAUGCAAAGGGAGCCUGGGCCGAAGAACUCCCAUAA